AAGAGUGAAAAAUGUUUUGUAUCGUUCGUGUAUGACAUUCUGUUGCUUAAGACAAUAAUUUAAUUAGCGUGUGUUUGGAUCAUAAAAUUUUGUUACCAGAUUUGGACGUGAUGGCAUUACUUUUCCUAAUAACGUAAUGGUAAAGAGAUUUUCUUCCGCCCAACUAGAUCGAGGAGUGAAGGCGAAUUACAAGUGGAGAACGUACAGUAUUGAAAGUUCGUGAUUAAAUCUACAAAUAAUUAGUGGAAAUGAUUUACUAUUACUUUCGUGGUGGAUGUAAUUAAAUUGCCAUGUCUCACUAUGGACAAGAUAAUGACAAACAAGCCAGCUCUCUUAUGGAUGGGGUUCCUGUUAAAAUAAGUGAAAAAUACAAGCCACCAAGAAAAAUCAACCUACCUGUUGGCUAUCAAAAUAGAGCACCUCUAGCAUCAGUGGAUGAAGUGUAUGACUUCUCUUUAGAAAAUACUGUGCUUAGAAAGAUUGCAGAAUGGAGAAAACUGCAAGAACAACUUGUAUCCAGGAGGAGGGAAAACAUCAAACAACAUAAUGCUGAAAAGAAAGACGCAAGUUCAAAGGGAGAAACUGAUUGGAAUGUCCCAGCAACUGUUUCUACAUCAGUGAGUGUUACAGCUAAUAGUGCUGAUGCUUCCACCUCACAUUGCCAACAACAACAACAACAACAGGCUUCACAACAGCAGCAGCAACAACAACAACAGGCUUCACAACAGCAGCAACAACAACAACAACUACUACAACAAUAUGCAUCAAUACUUACCCCAGUUCCCAUUAGCAUGCCCCUCAGUACAACUACCCAUCAUAAAAAUCACUCUCACCACUUCAAUCUGUCAGAUUUUGAAACAGACACUUCAGACCCUUUUGAUACAGUUGAAUUAAAGACAAUAAAUGAUAUGGAGGAGUUGGCUCAUGUUCUUCAGCCAACAAUACCAGUAACAAGUACUGUGCCUAAUUGUUAUACUUUGCCCUACAACUCUUCUCAACACUAUGGCAUGGUGGUGGAAAGCAAUAAGGACUCUGUUAUACUACCACAUCUGAAUGGCCUCACAGGUUAUCGAAUGAUGAGGGAUGGGGGUUUCGCAACUUUACCAGUCCAACAGAAGAGUAGUGCUAAUGUCAACUACCCUAAUUUAUGGGGUGACAGUUAUAAUGAAGCGACAACUAACCAGCGAUCCUCCCAGCAGGAUGGUGCUGGCUAUGGUGCUCUGUCUAAAAGUGUGCCAGAUAUUAUGAAAGAACUUGAUAGAGAACUGAAAGAAAAACGAAGAGGACCAACACCACCUACAGUAAUGUCAAGCAGACCAGCAAGUCUUGGUUCCACAGGAUUAGAGAACUGGAAACCUUGGCCAGAUUUGGAUAGCCCAGACCAGUCUGCGGCUUUGAAGACCACUAACAAAGAAAAAUGUGCAUGCCCACUACCUAAUCCAUUUGCUGAACUCAGUGUUGAAGAACAAAAUCUUGCCAUACACAUAAGUGAAAUGGGUUUUCCUUUACCACGUACAGCAAGAGCUUGUCAACUCGUGGGAAGUGAUGACAAGAAGAUGGUUGAGUUCCUGUUAUUGGUGCAAGCACUGGAGGAGAGAGGGUAUCCAGGAGAUAGGGCAGAACGAGCACUGACGGUGAAUGAAUGUGAUCUGAAAGAAGCUGAACGUUGUUUGGAGGCCACAACACAGCUUCUUGACCUAGGAUUCCCUGAGGACCGUGUUGCCGAAGCUCUGGCAAACUGUAACAAUGACAGAGAUCAGGCACUUGAACAUCUUAUCUCAUAAAAAAGACAGCCAAAACCUGCAGGUGAAAUGAAAUGUUGCUACUGCCAACCUCGUUGUGUAUUUCACUUCCAUAAUUGCUUUAAUGGUACUGAAGUAUAUAAUAAAUGGGGCAAAUCGUUUGUGGAUACUCUGUUUUUAAAAGUUUUACUUAAUCACAUACUAUAUAAGUGGACUGCUAAAUGAUGGUAGUAUAGUGGCAAGAUCACUAGAAGUGAACCCAAAGACAUCUGAGAUAUGAAGUAAGACUUUCAGUCCCUAAGAGGUUCAUUAGUUCCUUUGCAAAUAAUUUUUGUUCCUUGUGAAAGUAUGCAUAUAAGCUAUACAGCAGAAGAAGUGUUGAUGUACUCUGAUAUUGCCAGAAGAAUGGUGUGACAAAUGAAGUAAAUAUCUGAAAUGAUUACCACAGUAUCACUGAAGAUAUUUGUGAUAGUGUUAUGCAAACUUAGUCUUUGCAUGAAUAUUUAUACUGCUUUCUUUAUAUGUGUGUAAAGAUCUUUCACUGUUUUCCUGUUCUCUAGAAAUAUUAUUUUCAUAUUUUUUAAUUUAUUGUACAAUGUGUAUUCAUAACCACUGAAACAACUGGAAGUGUUAAGGUUGCUCCUUCGGUUAUAGUCAAUGUUUGUCAUA